AUUACAAUAUUUAAAAACAUUCUAAAAAAAUAUUAUUGUUCUUGUUUUUAUUGAUGCUACAACAUAAGCACAAAAGCGCCUAUACAUAUGCUGUCUUGAGAUCCAUUUUUAAAAUGGGUCUGUGUCAAAAGUUACCCACUUUUGAAAUACAUGCCCCUAAAAGGAGUGUAGCGUAUGCUGGCAAUUCACUCUUUUGAGACAUGCUCAAAAAUGCUUUCUAUGGUCCCCAAAAAACGUGGUCUAGUUUUGCAGCACACUGAGGCACAUACUCGAAAUGCUGUACUGACAUAUCACUAGGUUUUAAACCGUAACACCCAGAUAUGCUGUCUACGUAGACAGCUGGCUAUGAUUUGAGACGGCGCCGCUGUUUAUAGGGUCAUCGUGUGUUGUUCACGCUGGGAUCCACUCCAUCCACAUUCAGCGCACAUCGAUCCUUCCCCUCUCUCUCCUUCAUCAUCGAUACAGAUGAUUAAACAGACGCCUCUGUUUGUUUGCUGUUGUGUUGCGAUAUUGUGCAUGCGGCGUCAGAACUAGAUUUGUAUCGUGCUUUACGAGGACAUCGGAAGAACGCUCUUAACGUGAUGUUUCAAAUGUUUGGAGUGGAUUUGGUUGCUUCUGAAUCGCAUUAACGGAGUUACAAGCUUUAAGACGCCCGCGGACAAAGCGACAUUUCUGGGCAUGAUGUCCACAUGCCUCUGUGUCCUGGAGCGCAUCCUGUUGUGUUGAGGAUAGACAUCUGCAAUGAAGGAGUUCUCCAAACAAACAUGUAAACCAAACACGAGGAUCUUAUUUCUUUCCCAUCGUUUCGGAUGCACAUAUUAGCAAUGCAUUUAAAACAUUGAAGAUUUCAAUGCAAAACAUGGAGAUAAGAAAAUGUUUUGUUUUUUGGUUACAGUGCCAUGAUUUUCUUUGACUGGGCUGUGUAAUGCUUCCUUCAUCAGAUCAGAGAUGUUUCUUCAAGAUCCAGCUGUCUCGUCAGUUCCUUGAGGACGUUUAAUUCUGAUUCACUUGUGUUGCUUUAAAGUUGUGUUUUAUUGCUGGUGGGUAGAUGACAGGCAACAUGCAUCUCGGAGUAGAGGAGCCCAUCCGAGAGUGCCAGUACAAUCAGAUCUGCACACACAACUCCUCACCCAUGGACACGCCACACACCAAGAAGAAGAAGAUCAAAAGGAAAUGGCAGGUUUUUCCUGGCCGAAAUAAGUUUUACUGCAACGGCAGGAUCAUGAUGGCAAAGCAGACCGGGGUCUUCUAUCUUACAACGGUUCUCAUUUUGGUGACCAGUGGCCUCUUCUUUGCCUUUGACUGCCCAUUCCUGGCAUCAAACCUGACCCCUGCUAUUCCGGCCGUCGGAGGAGUGCUGUUCGUCUUCGUGAUGGGAAUGCUGCUCCGGGCGAGCUUCAGCGACCCGGGCGUCCUGCCCAGGGCCACACCAGAGGAAGCAGCCGACACUGAGAGGCAGAUAGAUGCAACCAACGGCCCGAGCGGCCCAGGGUACAGGCCACCCCCCCGGACCAGAGAGGUGGUCAUUAAUGGACAAACAGUCAAACUAAAAUACUGUUUCACCUGCAAGAUCUUCCGCCCACCGCGGGCUUCGCACUGCAGCCUGUGUGACAACUGCGUGGAGAGAUUUGAUCAUCACUGCCCGUGGGUGGGCAACUGUGUGGGGAGGAGGAACUAUCGCUUCUUCUACCUCUUCAUCCUCUCACUCUCCUUCCUCACCAUCUUCAUCUUCGCCUUCGUCAUCACGCACGUAAUACUGAGAUCCAACAGGACUGGCUUUCUUAGUGCUCUCAAAGACAGCCCAGCCAGUGUUCUGGAAGUGGUGGUGUGCUUUUUCUCCGUCUGGUCCAUCGUGGGACUGUCAGGAUUCCAUACCUACCUGAUCAGCUCCAAUCAGACCACCAAUGAAGACAUCAAAGGUUCAUGGUCAUCCAAACGAGGCAAAGGCAACUUCAACCCCUACAGCUACGGAAACUUCCUCACCAACUGCUGCGCUGCACUGUGUGGACCUCUGCCGCCGAGUUUGAUUGACAGAAGAGGUUUUGUCCAGCCAGACACUCCGCAGCCUGCAGCCCAGACAAACGGCACCGGCGCCUGCCCCUCCAAUCAAGUCCAGAGUCACAUGUGUGCUCAAGACCAGUGCAUUCAGAGCACCAAAUUCGUUUUGCAGGCCGCCACCAACCCGCUGCUCCACAGUCAGCCCAUCAUUCUGGGCGGAGGCGCGCCCCUCCAGGCCAAGACCUCUCUGGGUGGGCCGUGCUCCACUCUGGGCCCCUCUCAGGCCUCGCUGCCCUCCUCUAUCCCUGGCCUCAGCUGCGGGGGAGAGCUGAUGGCCCUGCGAGACUCUGAGAUCCACUGUCACCAUCACCUACACCAUCAACAUUUCAUCAGUCCGGAGGAGACGCCCUCCCCGCCUGCAGCCCUGCCCUGCGCCACCCACCUGGGUCACAACGUUCACCCGGCGCAGCUCUUCAACCCCGCCAGCCAGGACUCGCUCCAUGAAGACUCUGUGCGGGGUUUGGUGAAGCUGAGCUCGGUGUGAGCUGUUUUUAGUGCCGUUCUGCUGAACUGGACCAGAAGCCAUACGGUAAUUUACACACACAUAACAGCGUCCUCCUGGAUGUAAUGGAGGCAGCCGCCCCGAACAGUUUCUGGAGUACCAAGUGAGGACCAAAGCUAGUCUUCCAGCUCUGUUAUUACCCAAGCUGUAUAUUUUUUUCCUUUUAUGGAAGCUUGUUUCCACUACGGAUUAACAAUAUUUAAAAAAGGUAACUGCGACUGAUUCUGACUUUUUAGUUGCAACUGUCAAUUUGGAUUUUUUUUCUCAGAAUUGCUUGUUUAUGUUUUGCAAUUGUGAGAAUAGAUCUCACAAUUCUGACUUUUUCCCCCCUCAGAAUUCUGCAUGUGCAUGUGGUCGGGUCAGGCCGGGUGAAAAAAACUGUAAAGAUGUCAACUCAGAAUUCAGUGAAAGAAAAAAGAAAAGGUCAGAAAUGUGAGAUAUAAACUCAAAAUUGUAAGUUUGUAACUCAAUUCUAUGGAGAAAAACCUGAACUAUGGAGUAUAGUAUAUAGAAUUAGAGUAUAUAGAAUUGUGAAAUACUAAAUCAGAAUUCUGAGAAAAAUGGUGAGAUUUGUGAGAUACAAAUCACAACUGCAAAAGUCAAGAUUCAAGAUACAAACUCAGAAUUCUGAGGAAAAAACCUAGAAUUGUAAGAUUUAAACUAGUAAUUCUAGAAGAAAAAAAUCUAAAUUGUGAGAUGUAAGCUCAGAAUUGCAAGUUUAUAACUAACAAUUCUUAGAAAAAAUUCAGAAUUAUGAAAAAAAAAAGGUCAGAUUUAUGAGAUAAUCUCACAAUUCAAAAAAAAAAAAAAAAAAAAAAACCUUUAGAAGUGUCAGAUACAAACUGACCAAAUUUAUUUCAAAAUAAAGUCGGACUUUAUUGAGAGAUGAACUUGUAAUUCUAGGGGAAAAAAUUGUGUGAUGUAAACUCACAAUUGCAAGUCUAUAACUAACAAUUCUUAAAAUAAGGUAGAAUUUUCAGAUAUAAUUCUGAAUUCUAAAUUAGAAUAAUGAGAUAUGAACUCGCAAUUCUAAAACUGUAAGAUAAAAAGUCACAAUUACCUUUCUUAAAAGCAGCUCUAUAGAGCACAACAGUGGCCAAGGAUUUCAUUUCUCCAUAAAGAUUUCAUAAAUGUUCUCCAGUAAAGAAAUCAAAGCCCUAAACCAAACCAACCAGCUCUAAUAUGAAUCAUCAUAAACUCAGAUAUGAAGAAAACAAUAUAAGACAUGAACUGCUCAUCCAGUGAAGCACUGUGAAUGACACAAGAAACUACAGCUCAAUAUAAAACAAAACAUUUUAUUUAUAUUACAACAUAUUGUGACUGUGUCGUUCACAGUGCUGCAUUGCAGUGCUCGGUCAUUGCUGAGCUCUUUUGCAGUGAUUUAUGUUUCCAUAGUAACAAGUCCUCUUGUUGUUUCGUUCUAGUUGAGAUUAUGGUGUAGGGGAAUUCAGCUAUUAAAAAUAUCUUUUAAAAAAGACCUUGAAAUCACAGACUUAAUGGUUUCUACAGCAGCACAUACCGUGUUUUAAAGUUCAGAAGCCUCUUAAAAGGUUCAUGUGCUACUGGGGUUCAAAUUCAAUUAAUCUUUGGAGAAAGUAAAUGGGAUUUUACUUGUGGAAGCUGACUGUUGUGCUCGAGAAGUGUUUCUUUAAGCUGUCAGUCAGUCAAUAAAUGGGAUCAUUUCAUAAGAACAGUGUUGAUCUGUGGUCCUCCAGUCGUAUUAGCUGAGCUGGUGAGAUGACAGCAAAUCAGUUCAGUGUUCGUCUGUUUGUACAGCCUGCGAUUCAGACGCUCACAAACCCAUCUGUCCCAAAGUCUGACAUGAGAUAUGAAACAUGCGACGUCACUGCCUUUAUCUCUCUCUCUGGGGGUUAUGUCGAUGAUAUUAGUGGUAUUAUCUAUGAUAAUUAUGCUUUGGUUAUAUACUGCAUCAAAUUGAAACCAGGUGCCAACACAUUAUGGUCAUGUGAUUAUGUGCCAAAAAGCAGUUUACUGGUGAAAAAAAAAAAAAAAGUGGAUUAUUGUGGAUGUUAAUAAAUUCACAACUUUUUAAAAAAAACUCUUUAUGAUUGUCU